UGUUGUGUUUGCUUUUGCUCCCUAGCUCGAUCUCAUUCGUUUUGUGAGCUCGAGAGAGUUGUGAUAGAAAUCUAUUUCAUUUCCAUGAGUUCUAAAUUAAGCUUAUAUUAUUUUUAUUCGGUUAGAUCAUACCUAUUAUGAAGAAUGGAAUGUUCCCAUUUGUUAGAUAACGUCAAGGUGGACAGCGACCUCAUCACAGAAGACACCUCAGUCACAAAGAACUGGGAUUGUUCAGAAUGUGCUGCAAAGGAUCAGAAUUGGUUGUGCCUGCAGUGUGGGGUGGUAAACUGUGGCCGGUAUGUGAAUGGACAUGCGAAGAUACAUGCCGAGACUUCGGGCCACCAACUGUGCAUGAAUAGUGAUGUGUUCUCGGUUUAUUGCUACAAAUGUGAUGACUAUGUAUCAAAUGAUACUGAAACACAGUCAAUAGACAAAAUAAGGCAAAGUAUUAUGCAAAUAAGAAAUGUGACAGACACAAAUAGUAACCUAGGAAACGAGGAAAACAGUAAAGAUGGCAGCGAGCCCAACAGUUGUUCGUCCGCCUCCUCGGCACAGGAGCCCUCAUCUAGCAAGGAAGGCAAGGGUGCUGAUACAACAGAAGCACAUGAGAGCUCCGAUACAGAUAAACGGACUAAAAAUACUAAGACGCCAGAAGAGACAGUGCGAAGCCUAAGGCCGCGGUCGCGUAAGAGGUCUCACUCGGACGACAGCAGCUCGGCGGAAAACGGAGUUAAGAGCAAGGAGAAGAAAGGCUCGCCCUGUAACGGCAAGACUCUGAGGGAGAAGAAAGUCGUAGGAUUAAAAAAUUUAGGCAACACAUGUUUCAUGAACGCGGUGCUCCAAAGCCUGAGCAACAUCCAAGAGUUCAGCUGUUACUUCAGCAGUCUGCCGGUCCUCGAACCCAAGACCAACGGCCGCAAGGUGUACCACUCGCGCAGCUACACGCGGCAGGAGAUGACGGACGUCGUCAUGGCUGAGGAGUUGAGGAAGGUGCUAAUAAACCUGAACAGCGGGUGCGGCGGCAAAGGGGCCAUAUCACCCGAGUGCCUAUUCCUGGUGAUUUGGAAGGUGGUGCCCCGCUUCCGCGGCUACCAGCAGCAGGACGCGCACGAGUUCCUGCGAUACAUGCUGGACAGACUGCACACGGAGCUCCUUCAGCUGUUGCCGCCGGCGCGAGUAGAAGUUGGUCUGCCAGCCGCCUCCAUUGUCACCGCCGUCUUUGGCGGCACCUUACAGAGCGAGGUGCGCUGCCUGGCGUGCGGCGCGGAGAGCAAGAAGCUGGACCCCUUCCUCGACCUCUCGCUCGAGCUGCCCGACGCCGCCGCGCCCGUGCCGCUGCUCGACUGCCUCGCCAGCUUCGUGCAGGUGGAAGAACUAGCGGACACAGAGCGUUACUUCUGUAGCGGCUGUGGCAGUAAACAGAAGUCCACCAAACAGUUCCGGGUGCGGCGUCUGCCGCAAGUGCUCUGCCUACACCUGAAGCGGUUUCGCUGGCACAACUACUUUAGGACGAAGGUGGACACAGGCAUUUCGUUCCCGCUUCGCGCGCUGGACAUGUCCCGCUUCGUGCUGGAGCGGCGCCGCGCCAUGCUGUACGACCUGGCCGCCGUCAUCGUGCACCACGGCUCCGGCGCGGGUUCCGGCCACUACACAGCGUUCGCGCACAACUCAGGCCAGUGGUUCCACUUCAACGACCAGACAGUGCGCGCGGCCGACGCCGCCGCCGUACAAGCCUGCAAGCCUUACAUACUGUUCUACAUACGACAGGACCAGGAGCUCUCCUGACUCGUGCCUACUAGGAAGUGCCCGAGACGGUGCCGUGAGUUGAAACUUGUAUAAAUACAUCCUCAAGAAAGAUACCCUCUGUUAAGGCAUUCUCACGCCGUGCAAGCCUUACAGUGUUCUACAUAAGACGAGAUCAGGAACUUUCCUGACUGACACCAGCUAGGAAUAAGUGCCUCAGACGGUACCGUGAGUUGAAACUUGUAUAAAUACAUCCUCAAGAAAGAUACCCUCUGUUAAGGCAUUCUCACGCCGUGCAAGCCUUACAGUGUUCUACAUAAGACGAGAUCAGGAACUUUCCUGACUGACACCAGCUAGGAAUAAGUGCCUCAGACGGUACCGUGAGUUGAAACUUGUAUAAAUACAUCCUCAAGAAAGAUACCCUCUGUUAAGGCAUUCUCACGCCCUGCAAGCCUUACAGUGUUCUACAUAAGACGAGAUCAGGAACUUUCCUGUCUGACACCAGCUAGGAAUAAGUGCCUCAGACGGUACCGUGAGUUGAAACUUGUAUAAAUACAUCCUCAAGAAAGAUACCCUCUGUUAAGGCAUUCUCACGCCCUGCAAGCCUUACAGUGUUCUACAUAAGACGAGAUCAGGAACUUCCCUGACUGACACCAGCUAGGAAUAAGUGCCUCAGACGGUACCGUGAGUUGAAACUUGUAUAAAUACAUUUUAAAGAAAUAUACGCUCUUUUAAGGCAUUUUCACGCCCCGCAUGCCAUACAUACUGUUCUAUGUACAUACACCAGGUCCACGAGCUCUCUUUACUCGUACCAUCUAGGAAGUGCCCGAGACGGUGCCGCAAGUUGAAACAUGUAUAAAAGCAACCUAGAGACAUGUAUUAAGGUAACCUUACGCUGUGCAAACCUUAUAUAUUGUUCUACCCUCAGUUAAGAGAUAUCUUGACAACACCAGCAAAAAUAAGUGUCUUCGAAGGUGCCGUUAAUUCGACGUUUAAUCAUGGCUCGACUCAACACGUAUAAGCGAUAGAAGCGCAGUAAGAUUCCGUGCAAUAGAGAACGAGCUCGAACAAGGAGCCUCGACACGGCCUUGAACAGAGUGUAAAUCGACGUAUCGUACAACUGAUGUCAAGUGAACUUUUGAUAUUAGCUCACCUGUAGUGACUAUUUACUUGAUUAUGAGGAUUUGAAUGAUGGACUGUAGAAAGUUUUGAAAUGAUAUUGGAAAAAUAAAUAUCGUGCCUACAAAAUAGCAUUCACUAGUUCACCGUGUUGUGGUAUCACGUCUAUUAUAUCGUCUUAACUUUGACAAAUAUAAGCGAAAUCUUUAGUAGGAAAUGUUGAUAGGUCUAAAAUUAAAACUACAUACCAGACAUUACAUAACUGAAUGAAACGUAUUUUAAAAAAAAUGGUUCAAAUGUAUGUACGCAAGUAUUUUGUAGCUAGCUUUGAAAUAAAUUAUUUCUACUUAUGUAAAACUAAUUCACGCAAGUAAAUGAAAUAGUAAGGUUGUAAGAUAAUUUGAGAUGUUUGGGACGAGUCUUAAAGUGUCUCCAGACGCUGCCCCGCGUCAAGAGCAGAAGAAAGUUACACAUCAUGGCGCAGCCGCAUGCGUAACAACACAGAGAGAACCAUCGGCUAAAUAAUAAAGAACGGAUAAAGAAAGGAAUAAGAAACUGAUACUUUUAUCAGCCUCCGAUAUAUAUAUUUACUAGCUUUUGCCCGCGGCUUCGCUCGCGUUAGAAAGAGACAAAAAGUAGCCUAUGUCACUCUCCAUCACUUCAACUUUCUCCACUUAAAAAAUCACGUCAAUUCGUCGUGACAGACGAACAAACAAACAGACACACACACUCCCAUUUAUAAUAUUAGUAUGGAUAGCUGACGCGGAUUACCCGGAACGAACGCCCGUCUAAAAAGAAAUUGUAUGAACAGCGCUAAAUGACGCGGGCGCGUGCGACGGACUUUACAUAUUGGCGAGCGUGCGCACGCGGCGGGCUUCCGCGCCUGCUAGCGGAGGCCCAAAGAAUGUAUUCCAUUGUCUGGGACAUUGUUGUACUUAUAGCCCGGUCAAGGCUUUGGCCAUGAUUUAUACGUGUUACAUUGUAUAAUAUCACUCGCGACAUUGGUUCAGUGUGAUAGUCAGUUACGGAUAAGUACUGAUACUAACUUCACAUGAAAAGGGCGUGAAUAUGUGAGAGUCUAGAUACUAAAGAAAACAUUUAGUGAAAUUUAAUUGAGGAUUAGGAUCGUUGCAAAAUAUCAACGAACUGCAAACAUAGGUAUAGGCCAGUCCCUGGCUAGGACAGAUCAAGAAUUGUAGUUAAUUUUCAACAGGUUUAACGUCACGCAUACCUUCAUCGUGAACCUUGUCCUAAUGCACGAAGGUUGAUAUUAGGCUGUAACUGCGCGCGUCAGUAAAGCCUGACCAGCAAUAUAUGACUACGCGCCAUCUUGCGGAAUUUCAUUAGAACCAUUUUCUUCAUACUAAACUGAACUGUCACGCCAUACAUCAGAAUAACAGCGCCCUCCUGACAAGUCAUAUAUUUCUGGUCACGCUUUACACCUCUGGUUGUCAAAGUGCGAACCAUUAAUGAAAUAAUGUUAUAAUUUGAGAAUAAAGUCGAUUAUUUUCUACAUUUACCAGUAAUCGAACGUUUCCCAGUCGUAACCUAUGAAAUUUUAUCAGAAUCACCAAAAUGUAAAAAAAUAUAAACAUGUUACUUACAAGAGGUAUGUUUUUUGUAAAAAAAAUAUCUUAUUAAAAAAUAUAUUGGAUUUUAAACGACCUUUAAGCAAAUAUAAAUACGCCACCUACAAGUGCUAUGCAAGCAUUUACGGUCAAGAUCUAAUGUAUAAUAUGUUAAGUUGUAGUUAUAGUUAGAGACAAAUACUCAAAUAAAAAUAGUCUAUGCAGUUGUUUGAAAGUCGACUUUAUAAUAAUUAUGAAUUUGGAGCUUAUGUAUUAUAAUUAUGUACACAAAUUAAGAUCCAUCGGAUUCAUAUUGUGAUUUCUCUUUAUACAUACGAGGGCUGAUUGGAAAGUUCGCGGCCUGACCAUUAAAAAAAAAACUUAGUUUCUUUUUCCUGCCGUCAUUUUGAACUGUCAUUAUUUAGUUGUCAUCCCGCGAAAUUUUAAUUAAAUGCAAUAUUUUAAAAUAAGUUUUUCCUCUCAUUUAAAAAUACGUGUAAGCAGUUUUUUCACAAUGGUCAAUUUGGAGCAACGUGAUGUAAUUAAAUAUCUUCAUAGAAAAGGAUUGACUGCGAAACAAAUUUAUGAAGAUAUGCAGUGUACAUUAGGGCAAUCCGGUCCAUCAUAUACGAUGGUAAAAAAGUCGGCAGCUGAAUUCAAGCGGGGACGAGUCAGUAUCGCAGAUGACCCUCGCUCCGGGAGGCCAACUACUGCGACCAAUCCAAAUAAUGUGGCAACUGUAUGCAAAAUGAUAAUCCAAGACCGACGGUUAAAAGUGAGAGAAAUAGCCGACAUCGUAGGCAUCUCCUGUGAAAAAACUCAAAAUAUUAUAGUUAACGAAUUAGGGUUUUCCAAGGUGUCGGCGAGAUGGGUUCCAAAGCUCCUUUCAGUGGAACAAAAAAUCACUCGUCUAACAAUUUCACGCGACUGUCUAGACCUGUAUGAAGCUGACCCUCAAGACUAUUUGGACAGAUAUGUUACUAUGGAUGAGACAUGGGUCUACCACUAUACGCCCUAUAGACUAAACAGCAAUCAAAACAGUGGGUUCGUGCUGGAUCUCCGCCACCCAAAAAGGCAAAGGCCAUUUUGUCGGCAAAUAAAGUUAUGGCAUCAGUGUUCUGGGACGCAAAGGGUGUAAUAAUGGUUGACUAUCUCCAAAAAGGUACGACUAUAAACUCGGACUAUUAUUGCGAACUUUUACGUCGACUUUGAAAGUAAAAACACCUGGUGUGCUGACAAAGAAAGUUCUUUUCCACCAGGACAAUGCACGCGUGCAUACGUCACUAAAGUCAAUGGCAGAAAUUCAUAAUUGCGGGUUUGAAUUAUUGCCGCAUCUGCCUUAUUCACCCGAUUUGGCACCAUCGGACUUCCAUUUAUUUCCAAACUUAAAAAAAACACAUGGGUGGUAAGAAAUUUUUGACCAACGACGAGGUCCAAGCUGAAGUGGAUACCUAUUUUGAAGGCCUGGAGGAUUUUUUU